AUGGCCGACGUCGCCCCCAAAAUCCUCAAGCAAGUGGAAUUCUACUUUAGCGAUUCGAAUCUCCCAUUCGACAAGUUUUUGUGGACUUUGAAGGAAAAGAACAGCGAGGGCUGGGUGCCUCUUGCCACCAUUGCCGGCUUUAAGAAAAUGAAAAUGUUGACUGAGGACUUGCCCACUGUCGUUGCUGCUAUCCGUGAUCAGCCUUCCGAGCUUGUUGAACUUGACGAGAGUGGUGAAAACAUUCGACGCAAAACGCCUGUUGUUAAGCAAAACAUGGUGGAGCGUUCCAUUUACGCUAAAGGUUUCCCAUUGUUGGAUGAAAACGUCGAGAAUCCCAAGGAGGUCCUUUUACAGUUGCAAGAUAAGAUUGAUGAGCUCUUUUCCCAACAUGGCAAGGUGUUGUCUGUGCGUCUUCGCAAGACCGAUGAAAAGUCCCCAAAGUUCAAGGGCAGUGCCUUUAUCGAAUUCAGCACACCUGAAGAAGCCAAGGAUAUUGUUUCCAAGGGAUUGCAAUUCGAAGGAAAGGAUCUCUUGCUCAAGACCAAGAAGCAAUACUUGGAUGAAAAGUCUGAAUUGUACAAGGAUGCACCAAGAACUUACAAGAAGCGCAAAUUCAAUGCAUUCUUUGAUAACGGCAAAUCCCAACAGCAAGGCGACAAAAAGAAACCUAACAACAAGAAAAAGGAUCAACCAAAGUUCAACAACCGAUUGAUGACAUUCGAGGGUGCAAAGGAUCUUGAUGCUGAUGCCAUCAAGGAAAUUGUUGGCAAGGACGAUGUUGCAUCCGUUACCUUUUCUGGAGAAGGUGCUGGUUACAUUGAAUUGAACGAGGGCAAGCUUAGCAGAGAGAAGACUUUCGCUCUUCGGGAUAAGUCCAAGGAGGAAGUCAAGAACAUCAACUUUAGAUACGCUGACGGUGAAACUUCUCAAGCCUAUGCAAACUUGGGCAAGUCCGAUCCUAAGAUUGGCGAGAAGCGCAAGGCUGAAGAUGAGGAGCAGUAA